AUGCCCAAGCCAAUCAAUUCACCAUUAUUUCCAGUGCAAAGUCUUUCAAGGGACACUGUGAUAAAGUUACCUCCCAAGCCAAAUGCUGAAAGUGCUUCUGUGAAGUUAUACAUGGUUUUGGCCGAAAAGAACAUCUUUGUUCAAGGCUUCACCGAAGAGGAAUUCGCAAACAAACCCGCUUCCAUGCUAAGAGGAUCCUUGUUUUUGCGAAUCUCUAAACCUGUCAAAAUUAAAACCAUUAGCCUUAAAUUCAAUGGAAAAUCCAGAACAGAAUGGCCAGAGGGAAUACCUCCAAAGAAGCUAGACUUUUUUGAAAAGGUGGAAAUAACCCAGCAUCAGUGGUUAUUCUACAGCUAUUCCCAGUCAUUCCCUGCUAGUGAGGAUUCUAUCAACGGAGCUGACCUCUACAAGAAACCAAAUGACUCAAUUGAUCAUAUCACCUCAUUAAGUUUGGAUGAUGAUUCAUCCUCUAUUCGUCAGUCUCCCAAAGGGAUGACCGACCGAUUGAAACGAGCUGCGUCUCCGUCCGGUAUUAAGAGGCCUUCCUCCCCAUCCCCAAUGUCUAGACAAGGAUCCGGUUUCCUGAAACAUUUGAACGAUUCCACUACAGAUUUAAGAGCCUUCAAGUCCUUAGACGAGUCAUCAUUACAAGACUCACAUGGGAAAUUUCCAGCAGGGGAUUACAUCUACAAUUUUGAGCUUCCUAUACCUGCAUGUCUUCCGGAGACUAUAAAUGAAACUUUUGGUAAAGUUACCUACACUUUAACGGCUGCCGUUGAACGUCUAGGAACUUUCAAGACAAAUCUCCAUGCCGAAAUACCUGUGAAUAUUGUUAGAACAAUAUGCGAGGAAAGCGUUGAAGAAAAUGAACCCAUAGUAGUCAAUAAAACGUGGGAGGACGAGCUUGCGUACGAAGUGGUGAUCGGUUCCAAGAUGAUUCCUCUUAACACCUAUAUGCCGAUAUCUUUUAGACUCGUUCCAAUGACAAAAAUUCAACUGCACCGGCUUAGAGUUUUCGCCACAGAGAACAUGGAAUACUACUGCCAUAGCAAGAAAGUCCACCGUAUGGAACCUACCAAGAAAUAUCUACUGAUGGAAUAUAAAGCACCCAAUGGCCAAACCAAUCUUUUGGAGGAUGCAAACGGAAUGAUUGGCAUGAAAGAAUUUGAAUUUGAGGUUUAUGUACCGAAGAAAAUUGGGGAACACAACACACUUCAUCCUGACACGUCGUACCAAAAUAUUAGAAGUAACCAUUGGUUGAAAGUUUGCCUUCGUGUCUCAAGAAGCGAUCCUCAACCGGACAACCCAGAUAAGAGAAAACAUUUUGAGAUUUCCAUCGAUUCUCCGGUUCAAUUUCUAUCAGAAUUGGCUGUCCAUGCCAACACGUUGUUGCCUGCUUAUACAGAAAGUCUGAUGUCAACCGCUUCCCCUCAUGUCCCCCACAAUAUGUCUAUAUCACCUCCUUUAUCACCAGAGGUAAUUGCAAUUGAUUCACAGGUUGGAACAAUACUAUUUCCGGGUAUUCGGUACAAGACAGUUCACCAGCAUCUCGAGAAUAACUUGUAUAAGCCUGAUGCUUCCGCCAAUCCUGAUGUUUUAAGUUCUCCUCAAGCUCAACCAUAUUCACCCGAGCAUUCACCUGUUCUUUCUCCUGUGCGGUCAGCCCCAUGUCCGACCCGGCCCACAUCGACCAAGAACCCCCCCUCGUUUGAGAGCGUCAUGGAAAAUACAUCAUACGAGGCGGAAUUACCUCCUAGCUAUGAUAGCCUGGUUGAUAAGGAUCAUCGUCACUCGAUUUCAAGAGUUUUGGAGGAAGUGGAUAUGGGUGUUAGUUUCAAGUUCCAAGGGCUGUCCCCCAAUCUUCCAGACUCAAUUAUGAGAGCAGUAUCUCCUGCCAGAGGCUCAAAUUCUGCUCAGAAUUCUAGGUCUGCGUCUAGGCCUGUAUCUACAUCAACAUCCAGACCGGCAUCCAGACCGGCAUCGAGACCGCCUUCUAGAACAAACUCAAGAUCUGCUAGUCGUGUGCGUGGAGGCAUUGCCACUCCUAAUAGCCAUUUAUCAACCAGUUCUCUUUCUACUUUGAAUGCUGCUUUGACUGAGGAGAGGGGAAGAAGAAACCGAAGACCAUCGCUGAAGCCCUCAAAAAGUAACAGCCUCAUUGAUAACAACCUGGACUCACUCCUCCUCAAGGGGAAUAAUAUCCCGAAAGAAGACACUCCUGAGGAAGAAAUUGCCACUAUGCCCGCUACUGCUCCUCAGCCUCCAUUUGACGAUCCAAGAAGGGAAUCCUACACAGCUUCUCUGGUUUCCGUCUCAGAGUUUUCUGGUAAAGAAAAUGACUCUGCAGAUGCAGUUGUCAAAGAUUUUAGUAUGUACAGACCAAGAACUGGGUCCUCUUCAACUAUAGGCGAUGACAAAAAUGGGUCAACCACUUCGUCCCCAAUUAAUAGCCCUUCUAUAUAUCAGUCAGCCACUACCCAAGCGGCAGACCCAGUUUCGUCUCUUCCAUUACUUCAUAACUCUUCUGCAGCCAAUGUUUCAGAAAGCACUAUCAUUCCAUCCGAACCAUUUUUGAAAUCAGAAGAUAAUCUUCACAACGCUUUGUCAAACUCGCUCCAGUCAUUUGAUACCAGCACUCUUCUAAACCCCAAAGAGGAGGGUUUCUGGCAUAGCUAUGCCAAUGAAGAUACCCCAUCUUGGUCGAAUAAUUUACCGGGUACUGUCCAAAGUGGAUCAAAUUCCUUGUACAAUAGAAAGGCGAGUACCGGAGUGGCUCCCAGAAUUCACUCUGGUUUUGAAAAAGCCAGUGCAGACGAUGCCAACUCUUUUGGAUCCGAAAAUAGUGAUGAAACGACAAAACAAUAA